AUGUUGACCGUUUGCGGCCUUGCUGGACAAGAGCUGGCAACCCUGCCACUGGAGGAGAUGGAGGAGAUGAGCACCGUCAGGAACUUGAAGCAACACUUGGGUCAGCUUUACGGGAUCCCACGUUUCAGGCAGAGGCUCCUUCACAACGGCAAGAGCUUGGAGGACACCAUGGCCCUGCAUCUGGACAUGGACUUGCAGGUCGUUUUUCUACAUUUCUCCGACUCUUCCAGGGAAGAGGCCGCGGAGCUCACAGCGGCUGUGGAGCAUGAUUGCCUUGCGAAAGUGGAGGAGAUAUUACAGCGCCCGCAAGAUCCGAACCUGCCCGAUGCAAACGGCAAUACGCCGCUGACCGAGGUAAAGAGCGUGGAGAUUGCGACCCUCCUGCUGGAGGCUGGGGCUUGCAAAGACCUACCCAGCUGCGACAGCAAGCAGAGAACAGCUCUUGGACAGGCUGUUCAAGGAGGGAACCUGGACAUCGUCAAAUUGCUCCUGGAACUGGGUGCAGACAUGGACCUCUCGAAUGGCCGCGGCACCACACCCCUCAUGCUUGCAGCGGCCUAUGGCCAGUUAGAGAUCGCAAGCUUGCUUCUCCAGGCUGGGGUGAAUGCCGAUUUGGCAGAUGACCAAGGCAUCACGGCCUUGAUGAUCGCCGCGGUCACUGGCGAUCUGGAUAUUGGCCGCUUGCUGCUGGAGGCAGGCGUCAACAAAGACUUCGCCUACCCCGGUGGCCCAACGGCGUUGAUGUUCGCAGCCAGAGAGGGCCAGGUCGAGUUCGUGCGCUUGCUUCUGGAGGCUGGGGCAACCAAAGACCUGACGGACAACCGGGGCAAAACAGCUGCGGCUCUUGCAGUAGAAAGCGGCCAUGUGGCAGCUGCCACUUUGCUCUCAGCCUGA